AUGGCGCAUUUGGCAUCAGUAAGUUAAACUAUUUUUGUGCCCCUUUUACCAGACUUGCCAAAUCCCGGGCCGGCCCGCCGGGCCGGCCCGGCCCGGCCCGGUUUUGGCCCGGCCCGGCCCGACCCGCUCGGGCCGGGCCGGGCCGGGCCAGCAAAUCGUCGGCCCGGCCCGGCCCGGUCGGCCCGGCUCCGCCCACUCUUGAGAAAAUUUUCGUAAUUUUUGUGAAAAUUUUGCGACUUUAAACAGCAAUUUCUAUUUUUUAACAGGUUUUUAUGCUAUAACAUUGCCUUUUUAAGUCUAUAAAAUUUUAAGUCUAUAAAAUUAUGUUCGUUUCGAAGUUCUAGUUCGCUUUGAAUUUUUAGGUGCAUCCUCCCGGGCCGACCGGGCCGGGCCGGCUGGGCCGGGCCGCGGGCCGGGCCGGGCCGGAAAAUUUCCAAAUUUGGCCCGGCCCGGCCCGGCCCGUUGCAAGUCUGCCUUUUACUAUAUAUGUUUUACAGAAAAUAUUAUUUCAGGGCGAGGCACGAGAAAUUAGCGGUGCUCAUGGUAGACUCGUGGGAGUAUUUCAAGAAAAGUGAGAAUUGAAUUUCCUAUCAUUUUUGAACCAUUUAUAUGUUUUUGAUUUUUGAUUUCUCUCAAAAAUUACGGUGUGUUAUUAUCUAAUUUUUAUACCUCCAAACUAUUUAGAUGGCAUAGCGAGAGAACGUCAAUAAGCAGUGCGAUCAACAUGUUCGAUGGCUUAUUGGGUGUCAUCAUCAGAAUCGAUGUUCAACUUGCGCGCGCAUCAGGUACAUAGAGAAAUUUUAUACAAUUUUGAAAAUACAUACGGAUUAUAUUCCUGCCCAAGAGCAUUUCAAACUCCUAAAAUUAUGUAGAAUAAUUUGUAAAUAUUUAGUGCGAAUUCAUCGCAAUGUCAACCUUCGACGUCCUGAUGUUGAUGUGGUAUGAUUUUUUUCUGAAAGCCUUUCGACAUAACACUGGCUAUUUAGCACUCUACGAGACACGACGUCAUGAAGCGUUUCAGGAAUCAGGUCAACUCUGCGUGUCAAUUGGCCGACUUGACUGACAUAGGUAUUUUAAAUUUAAAUAUUUUUAAAAUAUUUUUUCAAUUCACUGAGAUGUACUUAUUCUUAAUUGUAGGGCCCGCUGCCAACGCCGACGAGCGCGCUGCCUUGGAUACAAUCAAGUUGGAGCUUACUCAGCUACUUGAUGAGAUAUCGCCUUCGCAUUCUCCGGGGUCCGCCACCGAAUCGGACUAA